UACUGGCCGUUAAUAAUGAUAACCAAUGACUCCACGAAAUUUAACGUGAUUCAGUCGGUAUAAGUUUAGAUCAACGGAGAGUUGUUAGUUUCUGAUCAUCAAUCGUAUGAUUUCUACAAUGCAACUAUCCCUUUUCUCGAAACCUUAUCGUUUGUAUACAUUGUUGUUUGCAACGUAAACAACUCCUCUUAUGGACCGAAGAAGAACGAAAUUGAAAGGCGAAACUUGCACAGUGAAGGAAUCAAAGAGUUGGUGAUUGGUGGAAACAUACGAACAUCAAAUCGUUUGGCUCGAAUGAUAUGACAUGCAAAGUGACAAUCAUGAAUCGAAUGUUUUUGUGCGAGAGCGAGAAGACACGUGAUCCGAGAGCAGCAGCAAGGUUGUUAGACCAGAGUGUGUUAGUGGGGUGGGUGGGGGGGGGGGGGGGGCUGAAAGAGGAUGAUGAAUUCCAGCGAGACCAUCCCGAAUACCAUAAGCGGUGAUGCAAUAUCCGACUUCAAUACUAAAAAUUGGUGAUGACACGUUGCUCCUAAAACUUUUCCGGUGAUGGGAAUAGAACCAAUAUGUAAAAUUGCUGAGUGACAAGUAAGUAAAUGUUAAGCUAUUGUUAAUCAAUUCCUUGUCAAUCUAGUUAGGUAAAUUGUUAACCGUAGAUAUUGCAUUUGUCAUCCAAAUAUAACAAUUCUGUGUUGUAGCCAUCAUUUGGAAAAGUUGAUUUAUUUAGAUUUUAAAAAUAGCAAAUAAGUGCCAAAAUAUUUCGUACCAACCCAUCUGAAAAAGCCAUUGAUGAAGAUCAAAACCGUGUUAUUGUGCCAGAUGCAUGGACUCGUUCAACAAAACUGAAAGGUCGACGUCAAAUCCUGGUCAACGUCGACAACUGAUAUGUUUGGUCCCAACACCUAAUGUCCGUCUCCGUCCAAUCCAUUCUGCAUAAGGAAAUAAACAACCCUACAGCUGAAGGUCACUGACCUUACCCAUAAGGCCAUAAUCGAUUGAUUGUUUCCUUCUUUAAUCACAACGUUGUGGCUCGAUCAUAAUUUCCAGAACGAAAUUCACUUCGUGGUUAGUCGUUUUACAGGACGAAUUGACUCAACCAGAGUACACGUUCAAAACAGGUAGACCAGACAGAAACCAGAAAAAAAUGGGCACCAAGCUUUGAUCCUGUCAAACCGCGGGGGGAAAUGGGAACAGUUAGCGAGAUUUGAUUGAUUGGAAACUUUCAUUUUUGUGACUUAGAACUAACAAACAAAAACCAGAACCAAAAAGGCAGGCAGCCAAAGUUCUCAAUUCAUGUACGCAAUGUCCCCAGCCAAACUAAACUCUUAUUCAUAUGAAUGAACCCACCAGAAGAACAACAACAAGACCACAGAACUUUCCCUCCAUUUCCUACACACACAUGCCAGCAGAAUCUUCCUCAUUCCGAAAACGGGUUGCUGCUUCGUUAACAACAUUAGUUGAAGGAGGCUAGGAAGAAGGGGAAAAAAUGCUGGAAGGGAAGGCCAUCGUGAAGGACACAGACAUGCCAGAGAGCAUGCAGAUCAAAGCCAUGGCUUCUGCUUCAGAAGCGCUCGACACAUUCGACGUGCUCGACUGCAGAUCCCUGGCUGCCCACAUCAAGAAGGAAUUUGACAGAGCUUAUGGAGGAGGAUGGCAGUGUGUGGUGGGUUCGAGUUUCGGUUGUUUCUUCACUCACAAGCAAGGGACUUUCAUCUACUUUGCUUUGGGAUCCCUCAACUUCCUUCUCUUCAAGGCUACCUCUCCCACUUGAAUUGACCAUUAUCACUAUUCAGUAGUUCAUCACAUGUAAUUUUGCAGCUGUGAGUUAGAAUGCAUGCAGAGCAAGAUCUGUUGGAGUAGUUAUAGAUUUCCCUUGAUAAGUUUUUUUCAAGUUAGCUUGUGUGUAUCAAUUUGA